ACAAUGGGUAGUUGAUAUUUUCAUGAGCACCCCCCACAGAGAUAAUUCAACACAUAUUUGAAGCCGACUUGACUGUGGGAACCAUUUACAGAAUAAACGCCGCCUGUGAGCAAUACCCAAAUGUAUUGUGCAUGUAAUGACAAUUGUGCAUUAUUCCCAAACACACUGGCUCUCUUGAUGCAUGCAGUACCAUGGAAAACAUUUAUGCAUGUAUGGGAUGUGCAAAAAAAAAUAUUUCAUGUUUUUAAGACAUGUAAAAAGAAAAAAAUCAAGCAGUUUAUUUUUUUUUGUUAUUAUUAUAGAUGACCGGCGGCUGAGCAUUGUGUUGGAAAUGUGUGUUUUCCAAAACACAAGCCUGAAUUCUAGAAUAUAUAGAAAUAAUCUCUGUGUUUAUUUGUUGUACCGUGGCAGUAAAGCUCAUGCCUAAAUAAAUAAUUUUGAAGUCAGGUUGAAGGUACAGCAAUACGAUUCCAUAGGCCUAAUGAGUGUUUUGUCAGUUUGGCAUGCUUGCUUUGUUCGCUUUGGUAAAAAGGCAGCUAUACUCUACCAGUAAAUUUUGCAUAUAUUUAAUUUUACUUAAAUAUACAGUAUGUAUUGGUUGACUAUGUAUUUGAAUGGUUCUCAGUGAUAAGCGAUUAGCUGUUCUACAACUGAACGAUGGGUGGCAGCAGUGAUUCCAGCCAGCGUGGGAGCGGAGUAGAAGAAGUGACGUACUUCCGCUUUGAGCUGCGUCGCCGGUUGAUGUUGCUGUCGCCAGAAAAAAGAGUAACAAUCCCGAACCGGCAUGGCUAAGGUACAGGUACUUAACGUCGCUGUAUUGGACAACCCAAGUCCGUUUGGAAAUCCUUUUCAAUUUGAAAUCACGUUUGAAUGCAUGGAAGAUUUACCCGAAGAUCUGGAGUGGAAGAUCAUCUAUGUUGGAUCAGCUGAGAGUGAAGAGUAUGACCAGGUUCUGGAUUCUGUUUUGGUGGGCCCAGUCCCAGCUGGCAGACACAUGUUUGUGUUUCAGGCCGAUGCUCCGAACACAGGUCUCAUUCCAGAGACAGAUGCUGUAGGAGUCACCGUAGUCCUUAUAACCUGCACCUACUGUGGUCAGGAGUUCAUCCGCAUUGGUUACUAUGUCAACAAUGAGUACACUGACCCUGAGCUACGAGAAAAUCCACCUCUGAAACCCGACUACUCCAAGCUGCAGAGGAACAUUUUGGCCUCGAACCCCCGAGUCACUCGCUUCCAUAUCAACUGGGAGGGUCUGGCGGAGAAGUGUGAAAACAGCGAGAAUGUGGACCCAUCUCCCAACAUCAGUGGCAUGCUCCCUCCGCCCUCCUGUCUACCAGGAAAGAUGCCACCUCUUGGACUAAUACCAGACAAUUCCAUGGACUGCAUGUGAGAAUGGUCAGAUUAGUUCACAACAAAUGCUCAGUGUGAUCCAGAGCUGGAAAAAAAAGACAUGAUGGUACAACACACAAAUGCACACAACUGACCAUGACAGAUUUACACCAUAAUUUAUACCAUUUGUAGUGCUGUCUCAUAACUGAGAUGGUGAAUGUGUAAGUCAACAGUUUCGUAUACAUGCACACCUCCGGGUUCCUCCAAAACUAUAACAAUUUUAUCCAUUGGUGCGCCCUGUAAUAUCAAUUUGACGCUUUACAGAAAAGGGCGCUGGCCGAAAGGCGUGCUAUUCUUUGAAUGGCAGCAUCAGAAUUGCCUCUGAAUGUUUUGAGCCAAAUUUAGGUCCCUCACGUCUAGACGGCCUUUUGCAGAAUGAAACGUGUUCCCUCAGUAGAGAAGAAAGACUGUUAAAAGACGAUGCCUCUCAGAACGUGACACAUCGAGUAAAACUCUUAUAGGCACACUGCGACGGCAUACAUGUUCAUAGAGAUCAUAGAGAGAAAAAUUUUCCAUGUUGCAAUCAACAUCCUUGUAAAUAAACUUUUCCAAUAUACAUGUAUUCUUUUGUGUACAUGUUCGUAAUAUUAGUAAUUGGGUAAAUAAGUUAUUUUGUUUGAUGCUGGGGUGCAAUCUACUGUAAGUUUGCUCACAUUAAACCUUUUUGCCAUCCUGAUUUUCAGCGGAAGCCAGGAAGAAACACGUAUACAAUACAUGGAGUGAGAGUCGAGCUCAAUUUACAAAAAAAAAAACUAUAUAUGGGUGUGCAUGCGUGCGUGUCUCUCUGUGUGUGUGUGUGUGUGUGUGUGUGUGUGUGUGUGUGUGCACGCAUACACACGUAAAUGUGUAUAUAGACUCCUGAUCAAAAUCUUAAGACCAGUUGAAAAAUUGCUAGAAUUUGCAUUUUGCACAUUUGGAUCUUAAUGAGGGUUUAAUUAGAGCUACAAUAUGCAAAAACAAGAAGGGGGAGCGAGACAAAAAGCAUCUUGAAAAAGUAAUUUAUUGAAAACAACAAACUGAAAUAGGCUGUUUAUCAGCUGAUCAAAAGUUUAAGACCACAGGCUGUAAAAGCCAAAAUCUGCUCAAAAUGUUCAUUUUCUGUCAGGCAUUCACACUGUCAUGACUUCCUGAUGGCUAAAGCUAAGAAGCUUUCACUUUUUGAACGUGGUCGGAUUGUGGAGCUGCAUAAGCAAGGCCACUCGCAGUGCCAUUGCUGCUGAGGUUGGGAGUAGUAAAUCAGUCAUUCUACAUUUUUUUGAAAGAUCCUGAGCAUUAUGGAACAAAAAAGUCAACUGGUAGACCCAAAAAAAAAUCACACCUGCGCUGAGCCGGAGGAUCCUGUCCAUCAAGACACAGGGCGGUCUUCGAUUUAAGGCCCUUACUGGUGCCGACUGCAGCGCAAUAACCAUCAGACGGCAUCUGCGGGAAAACGGUUUGAAAAACAAAAAACGAAUUCAAAGACCUCGUCUCCUUCAACGCCACAAAACUGCCCAUUUAGACUUUGCCAGGGAGCAUCAAACAAGGGACGUUGAAAGGUGGAAAAAGUUUUAUUCUCUGAUGAGAAAAUAUUUAACCUUGACGGUCCAGAUGGCUUCCAACAUCACUGGCAUGACAAGGAGAUCCCACUUGAGAUGUUUUCUACCACAGUGGAGGGGGGUCCAUCAUGGUCUGGGGUGCUUUUUCAUUCAGUGGAACACUGGCGCGUCAGGUGGCGCAGGGUCGUCAAACGGUGUUUGCUUACUUUUAGAUGUUGCAGCAGGCAUCCCCGCUGCAGUUCACAAUGCUCGCUUGACCAAGGACGUCUUCAGGGAGAAUAACAUCAUUUUUUUUGACCAUCCUGCAUGUUCCCCUUGUUUAAAUCCCAUAGAGAACAUUUGGGGAUGGAUGACAAGGGAAGUUUGUAAAAAUGGCCAUCAGUUCCAGACAGUUGAUGCCCUUCGUGAAGCCAUCUUCACUACUUGGAACAAUGUUCCCACAAGCCUCCUGGAAACACUCGCAUCAAGCAUGCCCAAACAAAUUUUUAAAGUGAUUAACAAGAACGGUGGAGCUACUCAUUACUGAGUCCUACUGAGAACAUUUUUUGUUUUUUUUUUAAUUAUUUUUUUUAGCAAUGGCCUUUUGAUCAGCUGAUAAACAGCCUAUUUCAAUUUAAUUGUUGUUUUCAAUAAAUUAUUUUUUCAAAGUUCUUUUUGUCUCACUCACCCUUCUUUCUUUUGCAUAUUGCAGCUCUACUUAAAACCUCAUUAAGAUCCAAAUAUGCAAAAUGAAAAUUCUAGCAUUUUUUCAAUUGGUCUUAAGAUUUUGAUCAGGAGUGUGUAUAUAGGGGUCAUGCUGUUUUCGUGGUUGAAUAUAACUUAAUAAUCAAAAAUAUGCAUAUUGGAGCAAAUUUUUUUUAAUUUUGUUUGCUUAAAUUAAGCUUUUUUUAAGCAUAGCAAGCGAGGCACACACACACACACACACCAGCCAUGUUAGCCGGAACAACAGGCAUUUAUUGCAGGUUUGAAUGAUCUCACAAAACACAAUAAUCCUUCAUAAAAAUAAAAACACAGGCUACUGUUGCAGUCGUAACCCACGACAAUCUAAAACUCACUCUGAACUCCCGCUAUCACUUCCUGUCCACCCGCCACUCAGCUCCCCUAAGGAACACAUUUAUAGCAACACGCACAAGUCUUAUUUAUGUCUUAAAUGGCUUCUUUACUCUUAUUCUCUUUACUCUUACUCUUAUUACUUUUUAUUUUUGUUAUCUUGUAUUUCAUAUAAUUAUUGUAUUUUGUGUUUUAUUUUAUAUCCUUCAUAUGUUCUGUGUACAGUGUGAGUGACAUAUAACUUAAUUUAGCAAUAUAUUAAUAUACAUUAGACUUACAUCAUAGUCUAGGAGCGGGGCGCGUCCGUAACCCGAGGACCACCUGUAUUUCAUUCAUAAAAUGCAACAUCACUCACCAAUCCAUUUUCACCCUAGCCUAAAGUUGCUAGGCAACUGCAGGAAGAAAAGGAGGCGGGGAGACUUGCUUUCACCCAUUUUGUCUCCUAAACAACUAAACAGUUGGUGUAAAGUCGCUGCAUGGUUAGGUGGGGAAAUGUAUCCAGUAUACACACACACACACACACACACACAGUACAUGAAAAUAUCUCAUGAUGUCUAAAUCAUUUGAUAGCAAUGCUAAUUUUAGAUUCAGCUUGGGGCUGUCUAUGUUAUGGAAGUGUGCAACAUGCACAUUCAUAGUUUUUGUAGGCUGGAUUAAUUGCUA